CCAUCUCCUGGGAGAAUGAGGUACUCCUGCCCUCAGACAGUCCAGCCCAGGCCCUCCACCCAUGAGUCUCCGGGAAACGGUGACCUCAUGAGAGCUCAGGCCUGGCAGUGGGAAGGACUUCUCCACAUUUCUCAGAACAGAGUGGCAGUUCUUCUCCUAGCUGGUGGGCAGGGGACGCGGCUCGGGGUCACAUACCCCAAGGGGAUGUAUGAUGUUGGCUUGCCAUCCCAUAAGACCCUUUUCCAGCUUCAAGCAGAGCGAAUCCUGAAGCUUCAGCAGCUAGCUGAGAAGUGCCAUGGCAACAGAUGCACCAUCCCCUGGUACAUAAUGACCAGCGGCAGGACGAUGCGGUCCACAGAGGAGUUCUUCGCCAAGCACAGGUACUUCGGGCUGCAGAAGGAGAAUGUCGUCUUCUUCCAGCAGGGCAUGCUGCCAGCCAUGAGCUUUGACGGCAAGAUUCUUUUGGAGGAGAAGAGCAAGGUGUCCAUGGCUCCAGACGGGAACGGGGGCCUCUACCGGGCUCUGGCUGCCUGGGACAUCGUGGGCGACAUGGAGCGCAGGGGCGUCGGCUGUGUUCACGUCUACUGCGUUGACAACAUCCUGGUGAGAGUGGCCGACCCUCGGUUCAUUGGAUUCUGCGUUCAGCAGGGAGCGGACUGCUGCGCCAAGGUGGUGGAGAAGACGAACCCGACAGAGCCGGUGGGCGUGGUGUGCCGCGUGGACGGGGUGUACCAGGUGGUGGAGUACAGCGAGAUCUCCCUGGCCACGGCACAGCGGCGGAGCCCGGACGGACGGCUGCUGUUCAACGCGGGGAACAUCGCCAACCAUUUCUUCACCGUGCCCUUCCUGAGGGACAUUGUCAAUGACCUGUCCCUCCUGCCCAGUGUUCACGAGCCCCAGCUGCAGCACCACGUGGCUCAGAAGAAGAUUCCGUACGUGGACUCCCAGGGGCAGCUCAUCGAGCCCGACAAGCCAAACGGGAUAAAGAUGGAAAAGUUCGUCUUCGACAUCUUCCAGUUUGCCAAGAAGUUCGUGGUGUACGAGGUGCUGCGGGAGGACGAGUUCUCCCCGCUGAAGAACGCAGACAGUCAGAACGGCAAGGACAACCCCACCACGGCCCGGCACGCACUCAUGUCCCUGCACCACUGCUGGGUGCUCAACGCCGGCGGCCACUUCAUCGACGAGAAUGGCUGCCGCCUGCCCGCCAUUCCCCGCACCGCUGCGCACGGACAGCCCGAGGCCGUCACAGCCGGGGUCGUGGACAACUUGAAGGAUGCCAGCGACAACCCGAUCCAGUGUGAAGUCUCCCCGCUCAGCUCCUACGCCGGAGAGGGACUGGAGAGCCUCGUGGCCAACAGGGAGUUCCACGCGCCUCUGAUCAUCGACGAGCACGGGGCCCACGAGCUGGUGAAGAACGGGCUGUGAGCCGGCGCUGCCUGCGCCACGAGAGCAGCGUCUCCGGGUGACAGGCCCUCAGAGCUGUGGGCUGGAUUCAGGCGGUUUCACGACUCCCGGCUCGCUGGCGUCUUAUUUAUGUCUUCCAGUUUGUAGGUGUCCCCAGCCAGGACCGUGCCUCCAGCCCUCCGGCCGCUGUGGCCUCGCAGGGUGCGCGGCUCGGUCCUGGCCGGCCUGGCCCCUCGCAGUGGACAGAGAGAAUGUGCAUUGUCCAUGCGAAGGGUUCUAUGGUACUGAAGGUUGGUUUUACUUUGUCAAAAAGUAAACCUUUUAAAGAAAAUGAUGGGAUAGGAAAUAAACUUUUAGUCUCUGAA